AUCACAGCUGAGUUCCGAGUGUUCCAGUUAUCAAAGUGGGAAAAGAUGAUAGUGAAGGCUACUCUCCUUCAGUGUGCUUGACUGUUGGACAUUUUCCUGGUGAAAAAAUACCACCCAGUAGGGGCAGCAUGGUCCUCUGUUGAGGGAAUGAGUCCAUGACUUCCCCGGCUCUUGGGACGCGGUUGUCUGAUUCAGCUCAUAUUAUCAUAGCAGCUCAUAUGUCACAUGAAUGGCAGGUACUGGUGUCACAAGGAUUCCUAGUCCAUCUAGCCAAUCUAGUACAGAUUUCUUUACUUUGGGAGUUUGAUCUCGUCCCAGAGGAGCCAGAAAGAUGUCUGACCAGUGGAAGGGUUGGACAGCCUCCAACAGAUGGCAUUAGCUAUCAAAACAGACCCCAACAGAGAUUGUGGAGGUUCAUCAAACCACGUCCACAGAGCUGCCAACUCUCGCACAUCUGGCAUGAGACUCAAACGACUAAACAACCCCCAACUUGACCAUUAGAACCACCCUUAACCAGUCUUUUUUAUUUCUCCUGAACUAAUUUUCUGUGUGGUUUGUGAAGGCAGUUUUAGAUGAACAAAUAAAUGCUGGGUAUGUGUUGCACUCGUGCUUUAGCCAGAUUAGUGAGGACCAUGAUAGAGAGUCGGGUUUUUCACAAAACCUGCACACACUGGCUGACAUGGAAAACUGUCAUAUUCUGACAGUGGAAGGCCGGAAUGCACUGUAACACUGCACUGUGUGCACUGUGUCAUUGCCAUGGGCAUAACAAGGAAAACAAACAGGUUCUCCCACUGGACUUGUUACAACGUAUUCAGGUUUUUGUAUAGUUUAUAAACUUUACUCUUUUGUGUGAAACUUUGUGAGGUGUGCAAUAACAAGUGCAACAAAACGUGAGUAGUAUAAUAACCUGACCUCGUGUAUUAGUAAUUGUAAUGCAUGUGUCCUAAAAUGAAAUACAGUUUUGAUCUUGAAAACAUUCCACCUUUCUGUUUAACUCUCUAUGACUUGAAAAUUUAUAGAGAGCUAAAUGAGGUGUGUUUUUAAGAUCCAUAAACUCUAAUCCUGGAAGUAACUUCAAUGACAACCUACAAAAAACCUGCUGUUUGUGCUUCCUAAUAUAGAGAGUAAAUUGUAUCCUGCUAAAUGGGGCGCUAUGAAUGAAAUGGCUUUUAUACUUGGAAAUGAGGGAAGAAUUUAAUAGAUUUAUUUUGUGUCAUAUCGCUUAUGGUUAAUGUGAUGGAAAACAUGAGGUCCAUCUUGGCGGUCCACUCAAAUUUUUACUUACUGCGGGCAGAACUUGUUUGUCUAAAAUGUGUGCUCUGACCUUUGAAAUCAAAAUUCCCUCCCUCACUUAAGAACUUAAUCUUGUUGAUUCUUUUAAGACCCAAUAGCUCAUCUCUUAGUUAAUGAGGGGUUAAGUUCAGUGUAUUGACAGAUGUACUGUAAAGAUGUAAAGGAAUGAGGAUCACCACUUGCUGUGAGCUUGGUCUUCAAAUGUGGAGUCUAAAGGUUUGUAUCUGAGGACACUACGGAGUUAAGUAAGACAGAAAGGUCUGUGACUGGAGAGUUGGACAGCAAGCUGCAGAAGGUUAUGGAGGAUUGUGAGUGGAUUUAUGAAUGCAUACUAUGCUUACGAGACGUGAAGUCAACAUUAUAUGACAUAGGUAUAUGAUAAAUCAUAUCUCAUUUGUCAGUGCAAACAUAAGCGAUAUAAGGGAUUUCGAGCACCUGCAGCAGGUCUGUGAGGAAAUCCCAUAGGUGAUUGUGUUCUUCUAAAAGGUGCAUUCUCAGACAGUGUCGGCGGUGCCUCCACACUACCGAACUUCCUUCUCAUGCGUUUUCACAGAAAUCAGAUCAGCCUGUGCCAUUUUGCAUCAGGCAAAGACAGAAAAAGCAUUGGGUCAUGAGAAGAUUAUCAUUAGACAGAUUCAUAGGGGUUGUAUUUUCAUUUCUGCAUUGAGAAAUGUUCAUUCAGCUCUGAAAUAUGUUGUUGGACCGGUUCAGUUUAUUCAGGUUUUUGUUAUGUCCGAUGUUAUAUUACAAAUUAUUAUUAGACUACAUAUCACUAACAAAUCUAUUUUUUUAAUUCAUGGUUCUGACUUCAAGUGGGCCACACAGUUACGGAUAAGUAGAGACACUACAAUGGCCCACGAGCCAAAAGCUUCACUUUAGCGAUCACUAUUGCUACAGAGGUCAACAAAUUCUAAGACAAUGGUCAGUAACACCAUCAAUACUUGAAUCUCUAUUCUCCAUUUCUUAUGUUUUAGUAGCAAUAAUAGAAAUAAUAAAUCACAUUUUAAUUCAAAAGUUUUCUUUUCUAUACUUACAAUCCUUCGCCAAUGUGAAAGAAAACAAACAAACCAAUAGAGAAUUGUGCAGGUUUUUUUUUCCUCCAAAUUGGGGAGAUAGUGUUUCCCCCCUUCUAAACCUCAUGGAAAAUUACAGAAUUUUGAUGGCGUUUAACCCUUUCCAGGCAGUUGACAGGUAGAUUACGCAAAGUUUUUCAAUACACACAAGAAAUAAUCGCCGACUUCCUCCAAUUCUUUCGACUUUUCCAGUGAAAGCUGGUUUCUUACAGAAUAGCGCGACGUCAAGCUUCUACUGAGAGGCGCGCAGUAGCGGGAGCUGCUGAGGAGGACGCUCGUGUCUGCAGUUAUGUCACUUUAAAAGAGUCUGCUCACAGGCCUGCCGUCACUAUUUUAAUUCGCGAGCCCACCUUAACACCAGGCUCCCAAACACGCUCGUCAUUUCGAACGUUUCUGGUUCGAUGCCUAUCCCUGUCCUUCUCCGGUUCGCCUCACUUACUUAACCGCGGCGCAGCGAUGGAGCAAGGAUUCAAUUCAAAGACUGUACCCGGGAGCGCUACGGUUCUCUCAGACCUCCACGCCACCACCGAGAAGCCGCAGCAGACCGCGAAGAGACCCACGUGGAGUGGCCGGCUGGAGUUCAUCCUGGCGUCCGUCGGCUACGCCGUCGGUCUGGGGAACGUCUGGAGGUUCCCGUACCUGUGCUACAAGAGCGGAGGAGGUGCUUUCAUGAUUCCUUAUCUGACCAUGGUCCUUGUGUGUGGCAUUCCUCUCCUUACCAUGGAGUUUGCCAUCGGGCAAUACACUGGCAUCGGGCCAGUUCAUGCUCUUGCUAAAGUCUGUCCACUGCUGAAAGGUGUGGGUCUGGCCACUGUGGUUAUGUCCGUAUUGUUCUCCACUUACUACAAUGUGCUCAUGAGUUGGGCACUUUUCUAUUUUUUCAACUCUUUUGAUUCAACACUCUCCUGGACAUCCUGCAAUAACACUUGGAAUAUGGUGGAAAACUGUUCCAGUGGCAUUCCUGGGAACGUCAGUCAUCUGCAGUCUGCCAGCCAGCAAUUUUUCGAAAAUAAGCUGCUCGACAAAACCAGCCGCAUUCAAGAGGCAGGUGGGAUUCGAUUGGAGCUCUUAGGAUACCUCUUCAUCGCCUGGCUCAUCGUCUAUCUCUGCAUUUUUAAGGGAAUCAGGUCCACUGGCAAGGUCGUCUACUUCACAGCGAUAUUUCCUUACUUUAUCCUGUUUGCUCUGCUCAUCAAUAAUGUGCAGCUGCCGGGAGCACGGGAUGGUAUCCUUUACUUUGUGACGCCUGUCUGGAGCAAACUCUUUGAGGUUACGGUUUGGGUCAACGCUGCCGCUCAGGUGUUCAACUCCAUCGGGAUCGCUUUUGGCUCCCAGAUAUCCAUGGCCAGCUACAACAAGUUUAAUAACGACAUUGUCAGAGACUCUUUGAUAGUGGCCAUCACCAACUCACUGACAAGCAUCCUGGCCGGCUUUGUCAUCUUCUCCGCCAUCGGCUACAUGGCUCACAUCCAUAACCUGCCAAUGGACAAGAUAACAACAGAUGGUCCAGGUCUGGUGUUUGUUGUCUACCCUGAAGUCCUGGCGACCAUGCCUUUCCACCAGGUGUGGGCUCCUCUGUUCUUCUUCAUGCUGCUGUGUCUCGGCCUGGACAGUCAGUUUGGUACUGUCGAAGUUGGCGUGACAUUUAUAAAAGAUGCUUUCGGUGCCAAGAUUUUGCGUUUCUUAAAACGCGAGGAGCUGCUGGCGCUUACCAUCUGCAUCAUCUGUUUUCUGUUGGGGAUCCCAUACAUCACCCAGGGUGGGAUCUACAUAUUCCAGCUGAUGGACCACUACACUGCUGUCGUCUCUCUGGUCUUCCUGGCUCUCUUCGAAGUUGUUUCCGUCUGCUGGAUUUUUGGCGUCCGUAACCUCUCCAACAUGGUCAAGAAGAUGCGAGGCUCGACUCCUAACUUUUACUUCAGAUUUUGCUGGUUGAUUCUUUCUCCCUUAUUAGUACUGGUCAUUCUGAUUUCCAGCAUCAUCCAGUACACCCCGGUACGCUACGGCUCGUACAUGUACCCCAAGUGGGCCGAGUUCGUCGGCUGGCUGAUCUCAAUGGCUUCCAUGAUCUGGCUUCCACUUGGUGCUGUUCAUGAGCUCUACAUCAACAAAGGCUCCUUCCUUCAGAGACUUCGAGCAGCGACACGCACCACAGUCGACAUGGCUUCUGCUGCUCCCGACGCCGAAAAGCUUAACAUGGACAAUCUGACGUCGGAGUCUUUGCUAGCAGCAGGUGUCAAGAUUUAGCGCAGUGCAAUGAACUCGUCCACAUUGUGCGGUCAAUGGUUGUUUAUUAUCGAGCAGCACUUGAGCUGAACUGAGACACUCAGUUGUUUGAUGUUCGCUCACAAGUCUUGUGACUGGUGAAGAGUAGUGUGUGUUACAAAGCUUUUUUUGUGUGUGAUGGACAAGAUAUUUGUGUUUCCUGUUAGAAAUGUUUUCGCUUGUAUAACAUCCUGGAGCAGGACAGAGGAGUCACGUACCUGAGAGUGGCCAAUGAUUUUUAGGGAAAACCUACUUGAAUGUAUUUUUUUAUAUUGUAGAAUAGCUGCAAAAUUAUUUUUCAAUGUUAUAUGCAACGAUAAAAGUUGUUUAGUGGUUGCACUGUUGCCUUACAAAGACUAAACAUCACACGAGCGAGAGGUUUACUGUGCUUCAUCCUGCAAAUAUCCUGCAAAAGGACAUUUAACACAAAGACACGUGUCGACAAUCAAGCAUUAUUACUUAUUUUUGACAACAUUACGAUUUACAAUAAUAUUUUGGUUAUUAUUCCUUGUUUUUGCUGCUUUUGAAGAGAAAAAACAUGAGAAACACAGGAGCUUGAUGUGCCUUUCCAGAGUUUUUAUAUUCAUUGUUUUGCUAUUGAGCGCUCUCUAGUAACAGUUGAAGCAUUUUUAUGGAAAUAGAAUCAAAUAUUGCCCUAUUGUUCGAUCACUUCAUGAAUGAUGUUUUAUUGAAUAAAAGAGUU